CAGACAUGGUCAUGUGGUCUCUUUGGAACCCCAUUACUUCUAGGUUGAUCCGUCUUCCACAAUUGCAGGAUCAUGAGAAAGGUGAUUCGUAUGAUUGUUGUUUGUCAUCCCCUCCUGAUGAUCCAAGUUCGAUUUUACUAUUAGCAGUAAUCGGAAAACCUAUCAUCUUUUUUUGUCGGUUAAAUUGUAAAAGGAAGAAAUUGAGAUGGACCAAAAUGCCAUUUGCUAAUCAGCUCAAGAGCAUGCACGUUACAGAUGAUAAUUCAGAAUGCAAUGGAUACCUAGGAUGUUUAACUUAUUGGAACGAUAAAAUAUAUGGAUGCACACUCGGGCUUUUCUAUCGUCUUGUCAUACAGGUUAACAUUGUUGUUGAUGACAAUGAGGCUGUGAUAAGUCUAUUGCCAAUUGUGAAAACUCCUAGUCUGGACUUUAGAAGAUGCUCCUCAAUCUCAAAUGGUUACAUGUUAGGCUUUUCAACAGAACUGUUCUACAUUCGUAUAUUUGAAGAUGAAAGGAGAAAAACUGUUGGUGAGGUGUUUUUGUUUAAACUAGAUAUGACUAAUAUGAUGUGGGAGGAAACUGCAGAUCUUGAAGUGGCUAUAUUUGUUAGUGUUGACUCUACUGUAAUGUAUAGGCCGCAAUUAGACCCAGACUUAGGUGGUUAUAUACAUAUUGUUGGCAAAACGGGUCAAGUAAUAUAUUCAUACAACGUCAAAAGUAAAAACAUCCUCUUAUCUUCUAUGCCUUCUCUAUUACAAACAAGGCAAGUAUCAGCGUGGACAGUGUUAGAUCAACGCAGCCUGGGUGAUCAUCAACAAGAAGAGGACAUGAAUGAUAUGACAGUUGUAAGAUCAGUAAGAGAUGCUAAUGUUGAUUUUUAUAGCACGACGGUUGAAUCAGACCUACACAAUAUUCCGUUUGAUGUUCUGCAAAGGAUUUUAGAAUUUUGUUCUUGUGUGGACUACAUGAACUUUCGUGCUGCAGGCAGACGUUGUCGCUUAGCAGCACCUCCGAUACAAUGGAGCCGAAAGACAGAGCUAAGGAGAUUCCAGACACACUCAUUAGUGUCACCAUGGCUGGCCGUGUUUGACAAAGCUCAAGGCAUUAUCACUUUUACAGAUCCCAUUUCUAAUGACAAGUACUUUAUAAAAACACCUCCGAAAUUGAUUGCCAAUUUUGAAAUAUGUUGUUCCAGAUACGGUUGGUUGCUGAUGCUUAAAGAUGAUUGGUCGACGGUUCUUUAUAACCCUUUCACAAGAGAUAUUCGCAAGCUUCCACAAGCGCCUGAUGGUUCAGUAGAAGGCUAUUGUUUCUCGGCACCACCUACUGAUCCACUUUGUAUUGUUGCUAGAUUUAAGAAAUCAGUUGAAUUACUUGGAUGUGAUGUCGCCUACCGCGAAGAUUCAAAAGAAAAAUGGGAAUGGCGUUGGAUUCAUCUAAACUUGGGAUAUCGUUAUCCAUGUACCUUACAAUUUCCGACAUUUCAUGGCCAAGAUGUGUAUGCCUUGUCUGGCAAUGGAGGAAUUUAUGUCUUUAGAAAAUUGGUUGAAGGACUUGUUUGUUUUAUAGCUGAACUUCCUAAAAGUUGUUGCAAAAGUACUCCUGUUAAACGCUUCCUAGCCAUAUGUGAUCAACAUCUUAUUCAAGUCGUGAUGGACGAGCUUGGAGAAUCCACUGAGUUGUUCAAUCUGGAUGAAUCUAAAAAGGAAUGGAAGAAGAUAGACAGUUUAGGAAAACAUAUGAUUUAUGUUUGUGGUACAACAUGUCUUUGUGUUGAAGCCAGAAAGCCAGAAAUGGAAAACAAAAUAUACUUUCCAAGAUUACGUUCCAAGAAGAUUGUGUUCUAUUCACUUGAAACAUGCAGGUAUCACACAUUCAAGAAUGGCGAAACCAACAUUGAAGAAGAAAGUUUUGCAGAUUUCUUCCAAACCGAAUAUUAUACUUACAGAAACCCGGCCUCAUGCUUGGAUCGAACCACGUUGGUCCUAGCUAACGUCGAUCAUGAUUACUGAUUAGUAUAAUUAUUGUGUUUUAUUCUAGCCGGCCAGGCUUUAUGAUUUGCUUUCUCAUAGAAUUAAACCUUGGCUGUUGUCAAUCAUAUGUUUCCACCAUAAGAUGUAUAACAUUUGCAGCAAUUAACUUAUUUUGCA